UGGAAGGAGAGCAGCAGACUUACAACGCUUACAACAACACCAGGCAACAAUGUCUUAAGCUGCACAACUUUACUCUUCAAGAGAUUUAUUUUCUUCCAAUUCUGUGCCAUAUUUAUACAGCGCAUGUAUGUUGUGUAUAGGGUGAUGCAUGCAACACAUACUGUGAGUGUGUGACUGGCUGUGGUCGUGCAUGCUGUUGCAGUGGUAUAUCAGUACCACUCAUGGCUCAGAGGAGAGCUGCAGGCAGCUGCUGCUGCCCGCGGGCGCCCGUGAAUGAAGACAAUGCCCGUUUCUGCCUGCUGGCCGGGCUCAUCCUUCUCUACUUGCUAUGUGGGGCGGCCAUCUUCUCUGCCCUGGAGCACCCCUUUGAACUGAGAGCCCGCCACCUCUGGAAACAGCAGUUAGACAACUUCACCCAGAGAUACAGGGUGAACCUGGGUGCCCUGCACACGCUGCUGCGGCAGUAUGAGGAGGCGAAUGGAGCUGGGAUCAGAGUGGACACAUUGAGGCCCCGUUGGGACUUUUCCGGAGCGUUCUACUUUGUGGGCACAGUGGUCUCCACUAUUGGCUUUGGCAUGACCACACCAGCCACCAUAGCUGGGAAAAUAUUUCUAAUUUUUUACGGUCUUAUCGGCUGUGCUGCCACCAUCCUCUUCUUCAAUCUGUUCCUGGAGAGGAUCAUCACCAUGCUGGCUUACAUCAUGCGCUGGUGUCACGAGCGCAGGCUUAAGUGUGCUGGAGUCGGGGUGGUGGCCAGCCGGGAGGAAUCAUCCAGUGAGGAGGACAGUCUUGAAGGCUGGAAGCCGUCAGUCUAUUAUGUUAUGCUGAUCCUGGGUGUGGCAUCAAUUGUGAUCGCAUGCAGCGCCUCCACCCUGUACAGCUCCAUGGAGAACUGGAGCUACGUGGACUCACUCUACUUCUGCUUCGUGGCCUUCAGCACCAUUGGCUUCGGGGACCUGGUGAGCAGUCAGAGGCAGCAGUACGAGUCUCAGGAGGCUUACCGACUUGGGAACUGCCUUUUCAUCUUAAUGGGGGUGUGUUGCAUCUACUCACUUUUCAAUGUAAUUUCUAUUAUCAUUAAGCAGACCCUCAACUGGAUUGUGGGUAAAUUUGUUUGCCAGGGUCGGCACAAUACCUGCUCCUGCUCCGCACCGAGCUGCUGGAGGCUCUGCUGCCUCUGCCCCCUCAAGAAAAAACACAACCAAAGACGUCUGCCUGCACACCUCAGGCAAAAACGCUUUAAACGAAACACUGUGCAGCCCAUCUCCUCCCACUGCCCCCCAGGAAAACACCGCUACACGGAGGGUUCCGUGGAGACGGUAUGUGACAGUGAGACAGAGGCAGGAGCGGUGAACGAUGGGGUUAACGUGGGCCGUCGUCUUUCAGGAGAGAUGAUCUCCGUCAAUGAAUUUAUGGUGUCCAAUAAGGUGUCUCUCGCUCUGCUGCAGAAACAGCUGAGCGAAACGGCUCAUCAGGGUCCACGACAGAGCUACGGACAUCACAAUGGAUUCUCUGGUGGAGUAGGGGCUUUAGCUAUUAUGAAUAAUCGCCUACAGGAAACCAGUGUAGAUAGGUAGCACCAAACAGAUGUUAGUCUUGUGUAAACUUCUUUGGCGUCUAGUUUCUUAACAGCAAUUAUGUCCUAUUUAAUCUCUUAGUAUGACAAAAACCAAACUCUUUUCCAAUCUCUUUUCUCCUGUUAGCACCUCCUUUCAGUGGAACUCUAUGUACAAAAUAGUAGACCCCAGGCAUCGAUUUAGGACAUCAAAUAAUUGACUACGUUUUGUUCCGUUUAGAAAGAGAGAGCAACGAGACGACCACAGUUUAAAGAAUUCAACAUGGCCGUGAAGAGGGGUCUGAUGUCCUGAAGUGAUUGGCUCAUACAAAAGCAAUCAGAUGGAAGAAGCAGUGAAGGAGCUCUUAAAGGGGGAAUGCUGAUUUAAGAGAGCGACACACUCCCUCUGUGCUCCUUAAUAAACAUGGUGGAUGUGCGCUGGUAGUCAAUGAAAGAGAACACGCAGGACUAAAUCAAAUAUAUACAGUCUCUUCUCAGACCACUGGCUGCAUCUAUAAAAGAUCUGAAAAUGUCAUUUGUAUUCAACAGUGCUUCUCAAGGAGCUCACGAGCUCUGAAAAAGAGAUGUAUUUAAUUUGUUGAUUGCUCACGAGUCACCCAUCUUGUUUCAUCAAUGCAGGUCAUUGAAAUUCAUGGUAAUCAUGGAAGAGUUGAGAUCCAGGGUUUUUAGUGGAGCACAUCUAAUCAAACUGGCCUGAAAAGGAUGUCCUUAUGUCAAUAAGUGGUGUGCAGAUAGUAGCUGGAUAACAUCAACACAGCAGAGAGCAACAUUCAGGCUCUCCUUGGUCAGCUGGAGGAGAUCCUUUACUUUGCAAGAAAGUCAAUUUGAAUCCAUUAUGCAUCAUCUGUAAAAUGCUCCAUCCUUAGAGGUCUUAAAUAUUCUUUUUCCUCUAGUGACCAUGCUUCAGGAACUUUCUUCGCUCAAAAGAAAAGGACUUUAGUCGUUCAUUUGGGUAAAAAUAUUGCAACAAGUCAUCAGUCAAAUAAUCUUUAUUCAAGUUUGGAACAAUCAUGACUUACAUGUAAUGUCUAUACAGAGGAAAUGACUAACUGAGAUAAUGUAACAAUGAAGAUAUUCUUACCCGUUCUGCUGUUAGUUUUAUCAUCAAUAUAAAA